CGUGGCCCCCUAUAUAUAGCCAGCAUCGAGCAAAGCGAAGAUGAGUAACUUUUCUGUGUCCCGCUUCGAAAAAAGGCACGAACUUUGCGGUGCAAGAGCCGAACUGAAAGCACCCCAUUUGACUCUCUCCUUCCCUCGACGACGACGACGACGAGUUCGUCAGUUCACAUCGCAGCUUCGGAACUUAUCCUAUCGUUGCGUUGGUUCACGCUUUGUUCAGUCUCUCGGAGAAGGAAAUUUGGACCCUGUUGUAUAUCUCGUCGUAUGGGAAUUUCUUUUUCCUGCCCAUUCGCGGAGUUUGCCGACCUGGAAAAUGGUGUCCAAUCCAUUAUCAUCAAAUCCAAAAGUUUUGGAGACGAUGAAGUCAAGACUCCGGCUCGUUCCCUCAGUUUCAAUAUUCAAGGUUUAGAGCCAAUAAUAACUAAGCCCUUAGGCUCUGGAGUGAUGGCACUCCAGCGCGCCGUUCACUUGGAAGAGAGGGAUCCGGAGAUGGUUCUUCCAAUUGAGUCUCCGACUCCGCUAUCGAAUGUACAGAAGCAAGUGCCCGCCACGUCAGUUUGCCCAAAAUAUGAUGGUGGGAACAUUCAGAUCCCGAGAUCUGUUGGGAUGGCUCAGGAAUGCUCUGUCUUGGACCCUGAAAAUCCUAAACAUGAGGCAGCUGUAAAAUUACAGAAAGUUUACAAAAGCUUCCGCACUAGAAGGAAGCUGGCAGAUUGCGCGGUACUUGUUAAGCAGAGCUGGUGGAAGCUCUUGGAUUUUGCUGAGCUCAAGCGUAGCUCUAUAUCAUUCUUCGAUGAUGGGAAACACGAGACAGCCGUUUCGCGUUGGUCGAGAGCAAGAACAAGAGCUGCCAAGGUUGGAAAAGGUUUGUCGAAGAACGAUAAGGCUCAGAAACUUGCAUUACAACACUGGCUUGAAGCGAUUGAUCCACGUCAUCGAUAUGGGCAUAAUCUUCACUUCUAUUAUGUCACAUGGCUUCACAGUCAGAGCAGAGAACCCUUCUUUUACUGGUUGGAUAUAGGAGAAGGCAAAGAAGUAAAUCUCGAGAAAUGUCCCAGACCAAAGCUUCAACUGCAAUGUAUCAAGUACCUUGGCCCGAUGGAAAGGAAGGCCUAUGAAGUUGUCAUCGAAGAUGGGAAGCUCUUUUACAAGCAGAGUGGCAAGCCGAUCCAUACCACUGGUGAACCCAGGGACGGGAAGUGGAUUUUCGUCCUGAGCACGUCGAGAGCAAUGUAUGUUGGCAAAAAGAAGAAAGGUUCUUUCCAGCAUUCCAGCUUCUUGGCUGGAGGAGCUGCAGCAGCUGCAGGGAGAUUAGUUGUCGAACACGGCGUACUUAAGGCAGUUUGGCCUCACAGUGGCCAUUAUCGGCCCACCAAGGAAAAUUUCGAGGAUUUCAUCUCCUUUCUCCAAGAGAACGAUGUGGACCUCACUGAUGUAACGUUGAGUCCAGUGGAUGAGGAAGUCAUGACGCCUAGCAGUAGAAGCAGUCUUUAUCUACGAAACAACCCAUCAGAAGAGGAUUUAAUGCAAAAGGCGGAUGCCUCAGAGAUUGAUGUUUCGACCUUGACCGAAGUAGAAACAGAUUCGUUGAACAAAGAGAGUGGUGAUUCUUCAGAUCUGGAGUUGCGCAAGCCAAGGCACCUACAAAGCUUCGGUAGGAAAUUGACCAGUCUCGAAGUACCAAAACAGCAUCAGUCAUUUGAAGACCUAGAGAGCGAGAAUCUAGACGGUUAUGAAACAACAGAAGAGCCCUUUGCUUCUGAACCCAAUUACAACAUUCUGAAACCUAACUCGUUCAACAAACACAAAGAGAACGAAGUAGAAACUACACCAGAAGAAUUGGUCCUACAAAGGAUAAACUCACAUAAAGAAUCAAAGUCAUCUCAGCCAGUAAAGCAAUUGUCCUGCAAAUGGACGACUGGAGCAGGGCCUCGCAUUGGUUACGUGAGGGACCAUCCCCCGGAGCUGCGGGCUCGAGCUCUAGAACAUGUGAACUUGUCUCCGAGGAGUGCAGGAUUUUCAAGGUCAUAUUUCUCUCCGCAAAGCGCCAGUGCAGUUACACCGAAGAAAUUGAGGUCCCUUUCUUCAGUUCCAGGACUAAAUUUAGGCUCAUCAGAACACGACAGUGCUUCUUUUCCUAACAUUGGUGUUCAAGACUCUGCAGUGAAGUCCUCACCUCUGAAAAGGAAAGCAUCGGCCCCGUGGCCUGGUGCCUAAGUACAGGAAUCUUUUAUUGACUUUAUUCUUUUUUGUGUGAAUAGAGAAUCGAUUCUUAAUACUUACUUGAAGAAGAGAAAUUACAGCAAAGAAACUAGGAGGGUAGACUAGGACUUAUAGGAAUUCGUUCUCAUUCUUUUAUUUAGAACUUUUUCCUGUUCAUCUUUGCACAUUUGAUGUACAUUGUAGAGCUCUGAGGUUUUUUUGCCCUCACGAAAUGCAAAUCAAUUCUUUUCUCUUA